AUGGUUUUUCAGGUCACAGUGAUAUCCAGGCUAAAGCACGAAAACGUGGUUGACCUUCUUGGUUAUUGUGUGGAUGGUGGUCUUCGAGUCUUGGCUUAUGAGUUUGCUCCACAUGGAUCCCUAUAUGCGGCUCUUCAUGGACAUAUAGGUGCCGAAGUCUUAGCGCCAGUCCCGGUUCUAUCAUGGAGCCAAAGAUUUAAAAUUGCUAUUGGGGCUGCAAAAGGAUUAGAAUACAUCCACAGCAAGGCACAGACUCAUGGUUGCAUCAACUCUAGCAAUGUUUUACUUUUUGAUGAUUAUGACGUGGCUAAGAUUGCUGAUUUCGGCCUGCCAAAUCAAGAGCCUGAAAUGAUAGAUGACAUUUAUGGUUUCGAUAUCCACCCGACAAGAUCUUUUGCUCAUGACCCCCUUAAAUACCCAAGAAAAUGUGGCACGCGUGAUGAUGUUUACAGAUUUGGCGUGGUAUUGUUGGAACUCUUGACCGGUCGUAAACCAUUAUACCAUACAUCAUCGGGAGAGGAGUCUCUUGUGAAAUGGGCAAUGCCGAAGCUCAGGAAAGACAAGGUAAAGCAGUUUGUGGAUGCUAGACUGAACGGAAACUACGCUGCAGAGGAGGUUGCAAAGAUGGCUGCAAUUGCCUCCUUGUGCUUGCGAUAUGAAUGCUCUCCCGCCAUGAGAACCGUAGUAAAAGCUCUCCACUCUCCAUUGAAUGCUCAAAUCUUCUAGAAGUUCUGAUGAAUAAUGGUUAUUAUACCUUGGUUCAGAUGUACAGGGACAUGGGAACGCAGACACAAUGAAAUGGGGAAACGGGCACAUGGAAACCGCAUAUUAGGAGAUAUUGGAUACGGGAACGUGGGGCAAUGCGUAAAUAUUGAAAAUGUAGGGUUAUAUUCAUAAUUGUAAGUACAAAAAGACAACUGAAGUGACUUUAUUAGGUCAAUGUGAUGCUAAAUGGAAAGAAAAAAAAAAAGAUUAA